AUUGAAAGAAAUCGAAAAUAAAUUUAACAAUUUUAAAAAAACGUACUAGAUUAGUCCGUGAGGGUUUUUGUCUCCUCUCUUGGGGCUUCGUCGGAGCUUUUCCCGUUUGAUGCCGAGGCUGUCUGGCCGGUCCGGUAAUGUGGCUGUCGGAGAGGAACGUUCUCUACUCGAUUUGAUUGGGAUUGGGUUGCGUCCGGUGGUGCCGAUCUGUCAGUGUCUAUGGUCGGGUUUCACCUGGGAUUGCUUCUCGGCGGCAUGGACGUGUGCAUCGGAGUGUCUACCCCGAGUUCCACCUCGGGGCUUUGCAGGUCAUUCCGAAGUGCAAGCGCGGACUGAAGAAGGACUUCGGGUUUGGUGCAAUUACAUUGGUCUACCUCGAGUUCCACCUCGGGGCUUUGCAGUUCACACUCGAUCAGUCCGAGCUGGUAAUUCAUCUCUACCUCAUGGGCAAGGUCAACCCUCAAACCACCUUCCACCUCUGAUCCCGCCUCAAAUCCCACCUCAACUUCCACCUCAGGUCCCAACCAUAUUCCCUCCUGUUGAUCAUGCAGAAGGAGGAGAUGAAAAUCAACCCCAUACCUCAGCUCACAAUUCAACUUCCACUGCCAACCAAGACGCGGUGACAACUCAGCUUGCUGCCAUGCAGCAGCAGUUUGGUGUUUUUCAGUUGGUACUAGCUCAGCUUCUGGCUAGAAAUAAUCCUGGUGACCCCCUCAUUAAUUUACUAAACCCUGCUCAACAACCCCCAGCUCCACAACAGAACCCCCAACCAGUUCAACCUGCUCCCACUAUUAGCGAAUCUCAAGAUCAAUCCCACAUAGCACCCGCUCCACAACCCAUCCCUGAUGAUGUCACCCGCCGCCUUGAUAGCUUAGAAAAGCUGGUAGCUGGACCCCGAGGUGCCCCACCCCCACACCAUGCUGCUGAUUCCAUACCUCACCCCUUGAAUACCAACAUCACGUUGGAACCCUAUCCUACUGGUUUCAAAAUACAACAAUUGGAGACUUAUGAUGGGACGAAGGAUCCCGACGAUCACCUGCAUGCUUUUUACUCUUGUAUGCAAGCACAGAAUGCCUCUGACGCGUUAAUGUGCAAGAUCUUCCCCUCUACUCUGCGAGGUAAUGCUCGAACGUGGUAUUAUAGUUUACCUCCAAGGUCAAUUAGUUCUUACACAGAACUGGCAUCUGCCUUUGCCACUAAGUUUUCCAGUAGAAUGUUGAUUAGGAAAACUACUAUCGAAUUGAUGCAAGUUAAACAGAGAGAUGGGGAGUCCCUAAAGAACUACAUGAGCAGGUUCAAUGAUGCGGUGUUGGAGGUUAAUUUCUUUGACCAAGCUGUGGGCAUUGCAGCUGUAAUCUCUGGUCUCAAACAUGACAAGUUCCGAGACAGUUUGAUCAAACAUGCUGCCACCACCUUUAGUGAGGUAAAUGACAGAUCUCUGAAAUUUAUAACUGUUGAGGAAUACGCCCUGGCGCAAAAUUCACCUUCCUCUAAGAACCAGAACCCAGAAUGGCGAGAUGACAAUCCGAGCCGAAAAAGGAUGAGAAUGGUGCAGAACCGAGGUCCAGUGUUGACCCCCCCAUCGAGAUUCGGAAGGCCGAACUCCACGCCUCCACAACAAUCUGCAGGUAAACCUCCAGUUAAUUGGACUCCAUUUAAUUUGCCAAGGUCACAAAUUUUUAUGCAGAUCAAAAAUAAGAUGGACUUGAGACGUCCCGGCCCAAUGCGAAUUACUACUGCUAGUCGAGACCAUACCAGAUAUUGUGAUUUUCACCAAGAUCACGGCCAUACUACAGAGCAGUGCAACAGUUUAAAGUCUGAACUGGAAAGUUUAGCUCAAAAGGGAAUGCUGAAUGAGUAUGUACAGCGAGCUGAACAGCCGAGGUUUGUCAGAGAACAGAGGCCACAGCCUCAAGGAGCCCGCAAUCCCCCAAAUAGGCAAGGUGUAGGAUAUCAACAAACCCCACCUCCACUCCCACCACCAGCUAGAAUCAUACAUAUGAUUACGGGAGGCCUUGAAGCAGGUGGACUGAGCUCUAAGCAGCAAAAGCUGUAUGUCAGGGAGGUUAAACAUCAAAACCGAGCUCAGAAGCGGAAGAUUGACGAUGCUGAAUGGAAGAAUCAACCAAUUACUUUCACAUCUGCUGAUCUCGAUACAGUUGUUACACCCCACAAUGAUCCUUUGGAGGUGGCCAGACACUGUUAUAUCACUUCGGUAACACAACCAACGAAGGGCAAAGAUAAGACACCCGAGGUUAUUCCCCAGCGAAUUCCUGAUAAUCAGCAGGUUAUGGGUGUUGAGAUCAUAGAUAAUCGACCGGAAGAUGAAACCAGAGCUGCUCCGGUCGAAGAUGUUGAAGAAGUGCUCGUUGACGACAGAGAUCCGAGCCGAAAGACGCAGAUCGGAACUAGAUUGAGCCCGGAGGAGAGAGCAGAACUGAUAGCUUUUCUCCGAGCUAACAAUGAUGUAUUUGCAUGGACUUCGGCAGAUAUGCCAGGAAUUCCAACUUCAGUAUGUCAACAUAAGCUCAGUACCAACUCAUUGAAGAAACCAGUGGCCCAGAAGCGGCGUCUCUUCGGGGGUGAGAGGCUUCAGGCUAUUAAAGAAGAGGUAACGAAGCUCCUGCAGGCUGGUUUUAUCAGGAAAGUCGAUUACUGCGAAUGGGUGGCUAACCCAGUUCUGGUGAAGAAGGCAAAUGGCAAAUGGCGAAUGUGUAUUGAUUACACAAAUCUUAACAACGCCUGCCCUAAGGAUUGCUAUCCAAUGCCGAGCAUUGAUAAACUAGUUGAAGCGGCUUCAGGCAAUGAAAGGUUAAGCCUCUUAGACGCAUAUUCGGGGUAUCACCAGGUGCCAAUGGCUCCAGAAGACGAAGAGAAAACCGCGUUCUAUGCUGGCGAUGAAAUUUAUUGUUAUGUCGUGAUGCCGUUUGGCUUGAAGAAUGCAGGUGCAACUUAUCAGAAAAUGGUAACCAUAGUCUUCCGAGCUCAGAUCGGCAAGAAUCUGGAGGUGUAUGUGGAUGACAUCGUAGUAAAAAGUCUGAAGGCAGAAAACCAUCUAGCCGACCUUGAUGAGACAUUUAAUAACCUCAAAAAGAACCGGAUGCGGUUAAACCCAGCCAAGUGUAUCUUCAGAGUGGAGUCUGGAAAGUUUCUAGGUUUUAUGGUGUCCCGAAGAGGGAUUGAGGUCAAUCCAGAGAAGAUCAGAGCAAUCGCCGAGAUGGAACCGCCGAAGUCAAUUAAAGAUAUACAGAGGUUGACUGGAAGGGUGGCAGCUCUGCAUCGAUUUAUCUCUAGAUCAGCAGAUAAGUAUGAAGCCAUUAGUUCAGUUCUAGUGAGAGAAGAAACCAAGCAACAGAAACCAAUCUAUUAUAUCAGCAGUGUAUUGCAUGGGGCAGAGCUGAGAUAUCCUAUAGCGGAGAAAGCCGCACUGGCAGUUGUCACUUCGGCCAAGAAGUUGAGGCCAUAUUUCCAGUCACACCCUAUCAUCGUCCUCACAGAUCAACCCCUCCGGCAGAUUCUGCAGAAACCAGAGUGCUCUGGAAGAUUAAUUAAGUAGGCAGUAGAACUGGGGGAGUUUGAGAUCACGUUUCAGCAGAGGUCGGCCAUCCGAGCCCAAGCAUUAGCAGAUUUUAUUGUUGAAUGCACCCCAUGUCCCUCAACCUCUACUCCAGAACCCAACGAAUGGACCUUAUAUGUUGACGGAGCAUCUAGUAGCAAAGGUUUA